UCACAAAAUGGAUCAAAGUUCGUACUGCGUCAAAUAUGUAUACGCAUGUAUAAAGGGGCAUAUAUACAAUCAUUCCAUCCGUUGAUUAAACAAUACAAACGUUUUUCCACAUAUGUACAAAUAUGUUAACAUGACUUACGUGAUGGCGCCGAUAAUGAAAAUAUUAUUGUUGAGUCUGCAAUAACCUAAUGAAUAAUGUGAAUGAAAAGUAUUGAAGAACGGACUCACUAUGCGGUGAUAAAUCAAGGUGGUUUUGAUAUCUGCAGAAAUUAUACCAAACCAGUCAUCUUCGUAGCGUUGAUAUUCUUCGCCGGGAUAUUCUUGACAGCUAUCCUCUUACGGCUCAACAUUCAGAUUCUUUUCGCAUCUUCAUGGCUGGAAAACCAGAAAUACCUCGCAUCCUUAUCGAGCAGUGGCAAGGUUGUUUGCUACCUAACAAUACCAGGGAACGACACCACGGCACAUCUAAGUGCUUCAAGCGUCGAUCCAAAUCUCUGCACUCAUGUCAUAAUUGGUUUUGCCAGUGUCGUCAACUGCACCAUCAACCUGGGUGGAAAUGACAAAAUCUACAAAGAUGCCAUCAACUUGAAGAGCAAGAAUCCACAGCUGAAGGUUAUGGUCAGCGUCGCCGGUAUGAAUGAAAUAUCGACUGGGUUUCCAGUAAUGGUUCGAAACCACGCAAAUAGGAAAAAAUUUAUUAGGUCAGUAUUAGCAGCAGCCAAAUCUCUGCGGCUGGACGGUCUUGAUAUCGACUGGGAAUUCCCGGCAUGGCUAGAUGCUGAUGCUCGUCAAAAGAUCCACUUUGUCCAGCUGCUAUACGAGUUGAAGAGGGCGUUUACCAAGAGAAAAGACAAAUUAGUUCUAUCCGCAGCAGUUGCUGCAUCCGAGGCUAUGAUAGACCAAUGUUACAAUGUACCUGAGAUAGCGGAACACGUGGACUUUGUUAAUUUAAUGGCUUAUGAUUAUCAUUUCUACGCUCCUGAAUUGCCCUUCACUGGUCUCAAUGCCCCGCUUUAUCGGAGUGGGAAGGAUGCCGGUUUGUUUGCCACUAUGAAUGUGAAUUAUUCAGCGAAUUACUGGGUGAUGAAAGGAAUGCCUCGAAAUAAAAUUGUCGUCGGUAUACCGACGUACGGACAUUCGUUCAAAUUGCAAAACGUCGAAAAUCACGGACUGCAAGCCCCUUGCAGUGGAUAUGGCUUACUGGGUUAUAGCGGCUUCGCAUCAUACCCAACAAUCUGUGGUUUUCUCAAUAAUUCGGCCACGCGUGUUUUUGAGAACUCAAGUCAAGUGCCGUACGCCUACAAGGCCACGGAAUGGAUAUCAUAUGAUGAUAUUGUCAGCGUGAGUACAAAGGCGAACUGGAUACGAUCAUCAGGGUUCGGUGGCGCGAUGAUAUUUUCUCUAAAUGCGGAUGAUUGGAACGCGACUUGGCACCGGGAUUCAACAUUCCCAUUGACGCGUGCUGUCGCGAAUAUUAUUCGCGAUGAUCUGAAUGAGACAAAUCACAUGUAUUAGAUUUUGUCGAAAGAUGCAACGAUUUUUUUUGUAUCGUUACUCUCAAAAUCUAGAUUAUACCAAAUUUAAUUCCCGCCGGCUAGAAUGUGGCUAUUAAUUAUAGUGCGAAAAUGUUUUGCAUCACGCGAAAUCAUGUCGCCGAACAUCAUAAAAGUAAAAAAAAAACAUGACUAUUGAAUCUUUAUCACUUUAUGUUAUACUUCGUAUUCUUAUAUGCAUGGCAAGAUCGUCCGCUCAUCGAUGAAUGUUUCGUUUUAAAUAAAUUGAACAUCCACUGUAA